AUGCGAUCCCUAGCUGCCCUUAUCGUCCUUGUCGGUGUCGCCGCCGCGGCCCAGAACCUCCCCGAGAAGUACUACGGAAAGUUCGCCGCCGAGAACUCGAAGAACGUCAACUUCGACGAGUACUUGACUGCCAAGGGCUAUGGCUGGUUCACCCGAAAGCUCGUGACGAUGGCCAACUUUGAGAAGGUGUUCAAGAAGAGCGACAAGCCCAACGCGUUCAGCUUCGAGAACCUGACCAGCAAGAAGAACGUCUACUACACCGACGUCACCAUCGGCCAGAAGUUCAAGGGCGAGGGUCUCGAUGGAACCCAGCACGAGGUCGUCUUCGAGCUCGUCGGCGACCACCUGUUCGAGAAGCACACCCCCCUUGAGGAGGGAGAAGCAAAGGCCGAGACUCACGAGUACUUCUUCGAGGAGGACUGGCUCGUCGUUCAAAUGAAAGAGAAGGACAUCGUCGCCAAGCGAUACUACAAGCGCCAG